AUGCCCGUAAUUCCCGGAAUGACGCAGAUGUUGUCCAGCAGCAGCGCGGCCGGCGCCGCGAUUGCCGGAGCCUCAUCCUCAUCAGCUGCAUCCGCAACAGCAGCCACAGCAGCAGGAGGGGGAGGAGCUCGCGCCGCGCCGCACCUCCCGCCGCCGCCGCCGCCUCCGCCCGCGGCGCACACGCUGGCGCCGUUUCUGAGCAAGACGUACGAGCUGGUGGACGACGCGGCGACGGACGGCGUGGUGGCGUGGACGGGCAGCGGCGUGAGCUUCGUGGUGUGGCAGCCCGCGGAGUUCGCGCGGGAUCUUCUGCCGCUCUACUUCAAGCACAGCAACUUCUCCAGCUUCGUGCGCCAACUCAACACCUACGUGCGUGGUGGGCACCGUUACCCCCAUCCCUCCAACGGAGUGAGUCCCCUCAUUGGGCUGGAUGCAAUCAAGGCGGCGAGCAGUCACUCUGUGGUGGGGAACACAAGUGCUGCUGCUGUGUCUGCGUUGACUGGGUUGACUGGUUUGACUGGAGUGGCUGGAGUGGCUGGGGUGACUGGGUUGGCUGCUGCCGUGCCUGGUGGAUUUGCUGCUACAGCUGAAAUGGCUGCUACAGCUGGCUUGGCUGCAAGCGGGAUGGCUGGGAUGGCUGCUACAGCUGCGAUGACUGGACUGACUGGGAUGACUGGAUUGACUGGAUUGACUGGAUUGACUGGAUUGACCGGUACUUUGACUGCUGGUGGAAUGGCCGCCACAGCUGGCAUGGCUGCUACAGCCGCUACAGCCGGAAGCAUAGCUCCGUACGUUGCGCCCAGUCGCAUGCUCGACGCGGUCGCGCGCGGAAUGGGGCUGGGAGCGCCGGGGGCGGCGGGGAGCAACGCGGUGGAGCUGGGCGCGUUCGGGUUGUCGGAAGAGCUUAGCCAACUGCGGGGAGGGUUGGACAGGGGCGCGCUGCUGCGCCACCAGCGUUCCGCCGCUGCUGCGUGCGCGGGAGCAGGAGCGGAGCCGGCGGGGCUGGGAGCGCCGGGGGCGGCGGGGAACACGGUUGAGCUAGGCGCGUUCGGGCUGUCGGAGGAGCUGAGCCAACUGCGGCGCGACCGCGGGGUGUUGAUGCGCGAGCUGCUGCGCUCGCGGCAGCAGGCGGCGGCGAGCGCGGAGAAGCUUGCGCUGCUGGAGGCGAACAUGGCGGCGCAGGAGCAGCGCCAGGCGCACAUGACGGCGUUUCUCGCGCACGCGCUCAACAACCCCGCGUUCCUCGGGGGAAUCGCGCAGCUGCAGGGGCAGCACGCGCUGCUGCGCGCCAGCCGCGACAGCAGCAGCAGCGGAAGCGGGAGCGCGGGGAACGGCGGACUCGGCGGAAUCGGCGGAAUCGGGGGAAUCGGCGGGAAUAACGGGAUCGGGGGGAUCGGGGGAAGCGGCGGAAACGGGGCAGGCGCGGGGAAGGGGAGUCCGAAGAGGAGCAGUAUCAGCCCGAGCGGGAGCAGCAGCAGCGGGCGGGGGAGUAGGAGUGGGAGCAGGAGCGGGCUUGAUGUGAGUGUGAAUGGCAGUUCCAGUCACGGGGGGUCUUGUAUUGGUGCAGGGGGUGGAGGAGGGAGUCCAGAGUGGUUGAAAGCGGUUACCGCUGGGAUGGGCGCGGCUGGUCUCGGUGCCCCUGGCUUUGCUGCUGCUGCUGCCGCCGCUGCCGCGGCUGCUGCCGCUUCUACUGCGGUUGGGAUGGAUGUGGAUGGGUGCACGGACCUGGGCAACACUCACAAGCGUGGGUUUGACAGUGACAACACGGGAUUCCCCCAAAACGGUAUGGGAGGCGCUGCAGGCAUGGCAAUGGGCAUGAAUGCUCGCAAGGGGAUUCGAGCCAUGGAGGAUAAGGGAGGGAUGGGAGAGGGGGAAGAAUUGGGGGCAUUGAAAGGAAUCGGGGGAAUGGGGGACAGUGUGGGUGCACGUGGUGCGAGAGUGAACCUGUUUUCCCCGCAUGGCAGCAAGGAGCAGGUAGCAGCAGGAGGAGCAGGAGGAGGAGCAGGAGGAGGAGCAGCAGGGGGAGCAGGGGGGGGGGUGUAUUUCGUGAGUGGGGCGGGCAACAUGGGCAUGCACUCACAAAUCUUUUUCAAGCGCCACAAGAACAGCAGUGGCACUAGUGCCGGUGCCAGCACUGGUGUUGCUGGUGCUGCCGGUGGUGGUGGGGAGGAGGGGACUGCGUUUGGCAGUGGAAGCAGCAGCAUGGGUGCUGCUUCUGCAUUUGACCAUGGUACUGCCAACAGCAACAACCUGAGCACUCAGCAGCAGCAGGCACAGCAGCAGCAAGAACAGGGCAACCCGACUCACAAUCCCGAGGCCGCUUAUAACGAGUACGGGCUCAGCGAGCCGCUGGCCAACCCGUUCGGCCGCCCGCCGCCGCCCGGGUUCACAAUGGAGCGGUUUGACGUGCUGGGCGGGCAGCUUGUGUCGUAUCUGACCCCCAUGGGCGCUGCUGCUGCCAGUGCUUCCGUGGCUGCCGCUUCAGGCCCUCUUGGGAGUUCCCUUGGGGGUCCUCUUGGGGAAACCCUUGGGGGAUCCCUCACACGGGGGCUUGCAGGGCAGCUUGGGGGGCCCCUUACAAGGCAGCUUACAGGCUCCUCCCUUGGUGGGCCAAGUGCGGAGCAGCUUGCAGGGGCUUUUGCAGGGGCGUUUGGAGGGGCGGCUGGAGCAGAAGGGGUGUACGAUAGCGUGUUUGGGGAGGCUCUCGGUGGGAUUCGGAACUUGGAUGGCAAUGGUGCGGGCCUGAGCGCUGGUGGUAUUUGGGGGGGAUUUGAGGGGGACCAGAGAAUGGGUGGAGCAGAGAAGAUGUAUGAGCGGAUGUUUGGGGGCGGUGCUACUGCUGCUGGUGCUUCACUGGCAGCAUCAAAUGCAGCAGUUGCUUCAGCAGCAGCAGCAGCAGCAGCAGCAGCAGCAGUGGGGACAGGCAUGGGGGCAACAGCAGCGCUGGCAGGAGGUCUCCUUGGGGGGACCGCUGCCAUUGGUUUGACAGGAGGAAGUUCGGCAGGAGGAGGUUUGGGAGGAGCAGCGUCAGGCUUGGCAAGUGGCUUAUCUGGGGCACGAAGCCUAGGUGGGUCUGCAUCUCUGUCCCUGCUAUCCCCUCCUGGGUUGCCACCGCUCGUGCCACCCGUGCUGCCAUCAACAGCAGCAGCAGCAGCAGCAGCAGGAGCAGCAGCAGCAGCAGCAUCAGGAUCUGUGCCCGCUGCUGCUGCUCUGUCUGCUGCUGCAGCUGCGUUUUCCUCCCCUUUAAUGGGUACAGGACCCGCACUCACUACCGCUGCUUCUGCCGCUGCUUCUGCUGCUUUUGAGGCGCCUGUAAUGGGAACGUCAGGAGCAGCAUUCACUGCAACGGCUGCUGCAGCAGCACUGGCGUCAGCUGGUGUUCCCACCUGCCACAUUCCCCUCCCCCUGCCCCCUGUGCCUCCGUCUCUGCACCUUUCAUCUGCUUCCCUUCUCUCCUCCUCUCUCCUCUCCUCCUCCCACCUCUCCUCCUCUCUCCUCGCCUCCUCCCACCUCGCCUCCUCCCACCUCGCCUCCUCCCACCUCGCCUCCUCCCACCUCGCCUCCUCCCACCUCGCCUCCUCCCACCUCGCCUCCUCCCACCUCGCCUCCUCCCACCUCGCCUCCUCCCACCUCGCCUCCUCCCACCUCGCCUCCUCCCACCUCGCCUCCUCCCACCUCGCCUCCUCCCAACUCGCCUCCUCCCACCUCGCCUCCUCCCACCUCACCUCCUCCCACCUCGCCUCCUCCCACCUCGCCUCCUCCCACCUCGCCUCCUCCCACCUCUCCUCCUCCCACCUCGCCUCCUCCCACCUCUCCGCCUCCUUCCUCUCCUCUGCGGCUCUCUCUCUCUCUCCAGCAGAGCUCUUCGCUGCCGAAGCAACUCACUGCACUGCCACUGCCAUGCCUCCUCCCACUAUCCCCGCUCGCUCUUUCCCCAGUCGCCCGCCUGCAGUGAAUCCCAUCCAGCACCCUGUUGUUCUAGCUCCCUUUACCUCCACCCUUGCCCCUCCCCACCCGUGCCCUCGUAGUCCUCCCCCUCUUGCUGGGGCUCUGCCGGUUGGCAUGACUUCCGCUCUACCUCCCACUCUUGCUCCCGCCCUUGCUGCUUCAACCCUCGCUGCUUCAACCCUCGCUGCUUCAACCCUUACUGCUUCAACCCUCGCUGCUUCAACCCUCGCUGCUUCAACCCUCGCUGCUUCAAAUCUCGCUGCUUCGAGUCUUGCUGCCUCGACCCUCGCCCCUGUGCUACCUGCAACACCCAUCUCUCUGGACUCACUCGCUACAACCACGUCAACUUCAGCCGCUGCAGCUGCUACAGCUGCUACAGCCAACUCGUUUGAUGACGUGGCUCUAGCAGGUAGAGCCGCUACAGCUGCCGCCCUGGCUGCUACAGCUGGGAGCGUGGGGAUGGGUGCUACAGCUGCGAGCAUGGGGAUGAGUCAGAAUGCGUCUGCGGUGUUCAGAGGAGAGGGGGAGGCUGAUGAUGAGGCGUUCUGGCAGCAGCUGCUGAGUGAAGGGGGGCAGUGA